CUCCACGCAUUUAGUGACGAGGAACCAGGGGUAUGCUUGGUAGCCAUCGAGGUGUACAACACGGAGACCGGCACUUGAUGCCUAGUAAUUUUAGCUUCGAAGCCUAUUCUUCUGCGGUCUUCUGUGAAUACCGCCACUGCUGGGACUUGCGGCCUUGGUAAAUGUCGAUAAUACGUGUUGCCGCUGAUAGGUUGGGUGGUCACGCACGGACCAUCGCCGUUCAUGUGGAAACGUGUGGGAUUCAAGAUUAACUCAGCAUAAGUCUAGAAGCGGAUUCUUACAACAGCAAACCUGUCAUUUGAGUCGCCUCCAGAGUUGUACUGCCUCUUGCCACUGCCGGGCUCUGGUCUCAACCCCUUCACAUCUUACUGGUAUAUAUUCGGCAUUUUGCGGGUCGAUGGGGUUUAUCAGAAGACAGCUGCAUUUGUAGAGGAGGGGUUGGAGGGGGUUGAAUAAACUUGAGAGAUUUAGAUCUCUCUGUUCCACGGAUAGAGUACUACAUUUGUUUCGCUCACGCAUGUAAGUUUUAGAUUGAAAUCCAUCGCUUGGGUCUGUGACUGAGGAAGGUUAUUCAGAUCUGGUAUGGGAUACUGAGACAAUAAGCAAGAAAACAGUGUGGUUUGUGCAUCUGAGCCACUGCCUGUGUGGUCGAAGGUAUUGAAGUGCAAGUGCAGCCUAACGUUCAGGUUAAUCGCUGUUGUCCCAGUUUUAGUGGAAAAGAAAUAGCAUUCAUGAUUGAGUGCGUGCACGUGGUGUACUGUAAUUUUUCGGUUGAGGAGAUUUUAUACCCAGUCGCAUAGGUCCGAGGAAUGACGAUUCUUCUGAAGAUCAGAAAAGAAUUCGACGACAUUAACCCUGGGCACGAACUCGUUCAAACAGAAUCCUGCGCUGACUUGUGUGGAGAACACAGAGCAGCAACUUAAGGAAUCGCAACAUGUCUGAAUUACACCCUGCGGACACUUCGACGCUCUUGCAAAAGCAUUGCCAAGAUGUACAAGUCUAUGACCACCAUUCCAAUCCCGAAAUGCUUCGCCCGUUUCCUUAAAGCUUUAGGGUGUCGUGUCUCAAUCCACGGAGAUUAAUUUGCAGUGUUAACAAUAUUGGCCUGGAACCCUUUCUCGUCGGCGGUAGAUCCGCAGGAGUGAGUGGCCCAGCUGAGGCAGGAUUCUAAGGGCGGAGCCAUCGGAAGUGAAUUUGAGCGAGAGAAGGUUAAAUCAUAGCUGUCAGAAUGAGUUCGUACCCUCAAGUGCAGAUUGGAAUUACAGGGGUCCCCUUGGAACAUCAAUACCAGCACAUACAGAGGCAGCUGCAGAAUUUGUUGCAACAGCUGAGGUGGUCUUAUGUUGCGCUUUGGUCACUGAGCCAUCUGGCUCCGCCGCAGACAAGGAGCCUCGGGUGGAGAGGAGGGCACUUUAGGGUGAAUUCAACAGAAAUGACGACCAAUGGUGCCGCAGAAGCUUGGAAUGAGCAUCUCUUUAAAUCCACUUACCAGCUCUGCACAUUCACUCCCGGCCUUGGGUCUGUGGGCAUGGCACACGCAGAGGGAAGGAAUUUUUGGAUGAACGGAUCAUCAGUUCACCUCACUGCAGGAUCGAUGGAGCAGGCACAGUUCCUGCAGCAUGCUGGCAUUGAGACUGCAAUGUGCAUCCCGUGGUCCGACAGCGUGCUGGAACUUGGCACUACUGAAAGAGUGGCCGAAGAUCCUAGUCUUAUGGAAAGGAUUCGCGGUUUCAUGACAGAAAUCAUACCACCAGCACUUCCUGACACUUCUCAAGCUCAACAAAACCGUUUUGGUGGAACAUCCAUAACGGAAUAUUCCCCUUUCUCAUGCUUGAGCGCAGCAGGGGAUCUUCCAGAUAAUCUGAACUACCAAGCCUUCGACUCAAACUCGCUUAACCAGCAGUUAAGAUCGGUCAGCCCGUCGGCAAGAUUGGCAACAUCAGAAAUGGUUUUGGUGAAAUCCGAUGAUAGCCAGGUGAAUUAUUUAAAAUCACACCAUUGUCUGGACACAGGCUUGCUCCCAGAUCCUGCAAUGUUGAGAUUUCCUAGAGCAUCGAGGUCGGCCAGUGACAUCCUACAGAUGCAGCACCAGGUCCUGCCACCUGCAUCAUCCAACCAAUUCAGGGGUCGGUGCAGAUCUCAUUCCUCCACCACUUCGCCCAGUGCGAGCAACUUAGAAGGUAGGUUUAAUACAAGGCUGUCCAACUCCCCGGAGAACAUCAACACGACGUUCAGCCGGAGCCGUAACUCGCGUUCCACCACAAGCUCAUCUUCGAGAAGAGGGACACCAUCUCAAGGACCUGAAUUCAAGCUUGAGAACACCAACACAUACACAGGGUUAGUCCCGCAGCUACCUCGAGACGAUGAUGAAAUUCAGAAAGUGUUGACUUUCAUGCAAGAUGGAGGGGAAUCAUUGGGGACCCAUCGAGAAGACUGGCAAGACUUGUACAAGUCCUCUCUUGAAACUGAAAACGUCAUGCGGGAAACAUACCUGCCCAGCUCUUCAGGCGUUCGAGUAGAAGAUGGUGAGACGGAGCUGGGCUCUGUGUCUUGGCAGAGAACGCGUGCUGUAGGCCCGAUCCUCGAUCCACGAAAUGACAGAAGGUCCCCCGUGCUUGAGCGAAAAGCUGCUCGGCAUUGUAAAGAGAUACCCAGUUUGCAACAAGGAACACAAAACAGUGGAGCUGCGGGACAACAGCAGCCGGUGCUUACUUUCUCUGGCGCGGAGACCUCAACGAACACUUGUAGAGGUCAAGAUGCAUUUUACCUGGGUCCAUUGACGGACCAGAGACGAGUUCGAAGAGUGUCAAGAAUCGCAAGUUUAGGCCCAGUAAAUGGUGCCCAUGAGGAUGCGGCUGUAAAUCACAUGAUGGCAGAGAGACGUCGUAGAGUGAAACAAAAAGAAAACUUUACUGCAUUGAGGAAAUUGGUUCCGAUAAUCUCCAAGGCAGACAAAGCUUCCACCCUUGGCGAUGCUAUUAUCUACCUGAAGGAAUUGCAGAUGAAAAUCGAAGAGCUGAAAGCAAGUACCACCAAAACAGAAAACCGGUACAAGAUUCUGGAAUUGUCUUAUUAUAAUCUGAAGAAACGAAAUGAGGAGCUUGAAUCCAUUACAGGGGAUGGUGAUUUCUCCUACACGCACCCCUUAAGAAAAAACUCCUAUCAGUAAUCUCAAGGACCACGUUUUUGACCUACGCAGCUUAGUUCCAUAACAAUAUUGAUGUAUGUUUUGAUUGGUUUAAUGAUUUUAAAAUCGCACUUAACCAGAACAGCAGAGGAUAUGCAUGAGACACACUUCUCCCUUUAAGUCCCUCAAAGGUCUGUUUACAAAGCUGAUCAGCUCGAUAGCUUCACCUAGAUCACAGCAAGGAUUAAAUGUUAAAAGGACAAUACGUUAACACUGA